AUGGGGAGAAGGAAGAUUGAGAUUAAAAAAAUCGAGAAGAAAAGCAGCCUGCAAGUAACAUUCACCAAACGCAGGAUGGGGCUUUUCCGUAAAGCCAGCGAACUCAGCAUUCUCUGCGGUGCCGAAAUCGCCAUCCUCGUCCAAUCUCCUGCUGACAAGAUUUUCUCAUACGGCCACCCCUCCGUCGAGGCCUUGGUCAACCGCUUGCUCCACCACAACGGCGGCGGCGCGUUUCCCUCACACGAGUUGGUCGCGAGUAGUAGUAGUAGUACUACCAGAUCGUACUCGCUCCAGCGUCAGAUUGUCCCUUGGCAGGAAGACGGCAGAAUUAAGUACGAGGAAGCUUUAAGGAAAUUGGAAUUCGAAAAGCUAUCGAUACAGAAGCAUGAGAUCAUGAGUACUAGUAUGGAUUUCUGGUGGGACAAAUCCAUUGAUCAAUUCACGGAACUGCACGAACUUGAGGAAUUUGUCCAAGCACUCGAAGCUCUGAAAAAUAAUGUCUCGUGCAAAUUGGAGGAGAUGGCCAAACACAAACUGCAGCCCGAUUUCGCUUCUUCCUCUAACAACUUCUUCGAUCAUCAUAAUUACCAUGGUGGUGUAUUUCCACUCCCGGCGAUUAAUCAUCAAGAUUUUUAUGGGGGCAAGAGCGAAUUCGAAAUCUUGAAAGUGAAGGGUAGUGCUGCUGAAGAUGUUAUUUGUAAUAAUGCACAGAUGGAGAAAGGCAGUAUUAAUAUUAUUGGUGGUUCGUGUUUGUCGUCAGAUUAUAACGUGACCAAUAAUCGAAGUGAUGAUGACGAUGAUGCUAUGAUAAAUUACGAUGAUUUAUUUGCUGAUCAAGAUCCAACCCUAGACUUUUGA